AUGGACUUUCUCAAUUCAAUCACCAACUGCUUUGGCAGCACAGCACGCGACAAUCACGCCCCCGAUGACCACGAGAAACCACGCCGCGACCCCAAACCCGUCCGCUCGGCCAAGGACAUCUCAAAGGACGUCAUUCAACUCCUGCGCGUGGCCGAGAAAAAUGGCCCCACCUUGCGACGCCAAGUCAACGACGCGGUCGGCGAACAAGGCUGGACGGAGAGUAUCGCGCGGGCCAUCGUUGCAGGCCUGGAGGCGCUCAUCAAGCAAGGCCGGGACAAGAUCGGCCCCGUUCUGGGAGAUUUUAUCGACAAGGCCGAGGAUGCCGCCAAGGCUGUCUUUGCCUUUCCGCACCAACACCCGUACCUCACGGCUGGCUUUGCCACCAUUGUCGCGGUUGGCGUGCUGGUGCUCGUGGCGCCGUGGGCGGUGGAGGCUCUUGGCCUUGCCGAAAUGGGGCCCGUUGCUGAUUCAUUCGCGGCCUGGUGGCAGUUCACCUAUGCUGGAUUUGUUCCCAAAAACUCGUUAUUUAGUUUCUUUCAGAGGCUUGGCAUGAUCUGGGGACAGUGA